ACGGAUUUAAAAAUGGAGAUCGCUUUGCAACCGUCACCGAAUGGAAAAAUUAAAGUGAGAGAACGUGUAAGUUUUGAUUAAAUAAUAAAUUGUUUAAAUUAAACAGUAGAAUUUUUCUAAACAUAAUGUGUGUAGAGUAUAAUUAGUGUUUAAAGUGGAACAAAACAAAAGUGCACCGAUAAUGGAGUCAUCACGACGAAUGUUAGACAAAAUGGAUCUCGAUGUAGAAUUUGAGAAUAAAAAACGCGAACUCAAAGAAGUUCGUGAGCAAAGGAAAAAAUUACUCGAACUUCAAGAUAAGACGAGUUUGAAUUUAAAAGCAAAUUCCAAUUUGGAAUCACAAUUAACUGAAAAAUCAAAGCAACUCGAUUUAUCGAAUAGAAAAAGGGAUAAUCUCGAGCGAGAAUUGGUUACUUCUCGAUCGGAAGCAGCUGGAAUAAAAAGAAUUCUAGAAUUGGAGAGGCAAGAGAGACGAGAAUUAGAAACAAGGGCAUUGAACUUGAUAAAGGGCGCAAAGAGAAAAUGGGAAAAUGCAGAAAAAGAUAAAAUUGCUCAACUUAAUAAACACAUUGAAACGCAAACAACACGAAUUGCCGAGUUAUGCUCAAGUAAUAAUGAUAUGAGCGCACGAUUACAACGUGCCGAAUCUGAAUUAAAAACAUCGACCGCCGAAUUGAAAAAACUCCGCUCUUUUCAGGUUCAAUAUAAAGAGUCAUUGGCAAAAAUGCGUGAAUUAAAUCGUCAAAGUGCACAAGGAGUGGGUAAUAAAUUAGAACAAAUGGCAGCGCGUGCACAUAAUCAAAUUGCCGAAUUACGUACAAAACUUGAAUUAGAAGUGGCAAAAACAGCUGAUUUAGAGAGUAAUUUACGUGAUGAGCAGGACUCAAAUCAUUGUCGUCAAUCGCGAUUAAAUGUUGCAUUGGAAUUAGCACAAUCGGAAUUACGCGAUUGUCAAGAACAAUUGAGAAGUUUAAAGGCAACAAUACCGGCGCGCGAUGCCGAAAUGGAGGAAUUAAAAAAAGAAUUACAUCAAAAGACAAUACAAUUGGAAAAUGCUGUUGUUAAUGAACAAACAGUUAUUAGUAUGCAGGAGCAAAUUGAAAGAAUAUGCGCUGAGAAUGAUCAAUUGAGAAAUCAACUUGAAGCAACAAAAUCAGAUCUCAGCGACACUUUGAUGAGUUUGGAGCAAAGGGAAUCGAUUGCUUUGAGUUUGGAACGAGUUGAACAAGACAGAGCAACAUUGGAACUUCGAUUGCGUAGUUCUUUGGAAAAAGAAGAGGAACAAUUGCGAAAAGUCAGCAAUUUAGAAGAAUUAUUACGACGACUUGAGCAAAGUGUGUCAAAACUUGAAACAGAAAAUGCCACAUUAAAAGCAAUUGAUCAUGAAAAACCACAAGCGCCAAAACGCUUAUCAUCAAUUGAUUAUAAUAAUUAUCAUGGUAAAAAUAUUUCACAAUUAGAACAACAAUUACAAAAAUUAGAACAACAAUUACAAACGGCAAAUGAAAAUUUAGCAGCUGAACAAAAAGUUGCUAAACAAGCACAAAUUUCAUUAUGGAAAAAAGAAAAAGAAUUGUCAGAUGCAAAUCUUGAUAAACGUAUUGCAACAAGAGAGGCAAAAACGGCUGAGGAAAAAAUUAAAAAUUUACAAGACGAUAAACAUCGUUUAUUGGAGAAAUUGAAGAAAAUGGAAAAAGACGAGGAGGAUAAAUCGGCGAAAUUAUUGAAAGAAAUGGAAAGUGCAAAAUUAUCGUUGAAUGAAAUAACAAGAGAAUCAUCGAGAAAUAAAAUGCAAGCAGAUUCUGCUCAAAGGGCACUAACACAGGCGAAUAAACAAAUAGAAGAAUUACAAAAUUCAAGUGCAGCGUUACGUCGUGAAUUGGACGCAACACGAAAACAAGUGCGUGGCAAUCAGGAUCGUAUGGAUUCAUUUAAAGCUGAGAAUGAACGUUUAAAAUUACAAAUAUCAAAGCAUAAUGAUACACAGGAUGAAUAUGAGGCAAAACUUGAAAAAUUACAAGAAGAAGUAAAUAGUUAUCAUGUGAAUAAUGUUCUUCUUAAGGAGACAUGUACCGUUUUAGAGGAACAAUUAACUGAUUAUGAACGUUUAACAAAUGAUCAUGAGACACGUGAAAAUACAUUAAUUCAAGAAAAAAUGCGCCUACAAAAAGAAUUGGAAUCAACGGAGGUGAAUUUACGUGAAGCAAAAAUAGCACAAAAUGAAGAGAAAACAAUGCGUUUAGUUGCUGAACGUGCAAUUGAACGUUUAGAAUCAGACGCAUCUGAUAUUGAAGGUGAACGUAAUACAUUAUCAUCGCAACGUGAUGAAUAUAAAAAAUUAGCACAAAAAUUAAAUGAAGAAAUUGGUGUGCUUACAAUUAAAUGCGAUUCACUUGAAUGUGAUUUAUCACAAACACGUCGUUUACUUGAUGUUUCAAAAGAAGAGGCAAGAAUUGUUAAAGAAGAAUCAUCACAACAUUUAACGAGAUUACAUGAAUUAAAGGAGACAAAUUUAAAUUUAAUGGCCGAUCUUCAAGAUACUGUUGAUCAAUCACAGGAAUUAAGAACACGUGUCGCUGAACUUGAGGGCGUUAUGGAUGAAAUGAGACAAUUUUAUCAGGAACGUGAAGUUAAAGCCGGUAGUACAUGUCAACAACAAACAAAACUCAUUGAUUAUUUACAAUUAAAACUUGAGGAAUGUGGUAAAAAGAAAAAAGGUGUUUGCGAUAAAAUAUUUGGUUCAAAGAAAGAGAAUACACCGCCAAAUGUUGGUGCAGCAAUGCCCGUUGGUUAUCGUGAAUUAGAAAAUCAAUUGGAUAAAGAACGUGCAAAAGUAAAAGCAUUAACUGAACAAAUAUUAACGACAAAAACGGCAAAAUUAACAACAUCACCAUUAAAAUCAACAUCACCACGACAAUCGCCGGAGAAAAAAUAUAUUGAUAAUAGUACAGAUAUGAUGACACGUCAUCUUUCAUUACAAAGAAUAAAACACAAUAUUCCACAUCGUUUUAAUAUUAGUUUACCAAUGAGAGCUGGUAAAUGUUCAGCGUGUCUUGAUUCAAUACAAUUUGGUAAACGUGCAGCAAUUUGUAGUGAAUGUCAAAUAAUGACACAUUUAAAAUGUUCAGUAUCAGUGCCGGCAACAUGUGGUUUACCUGGUGAUUUUGCACGACAUUUUGGUAAAUAUUCACGCGAUAGUUUAAAUAGUUUAUCAAGUAAUGGUGAAAGUGUUAGAACAUUGGCUAUUGAUGAGCCUGAUAAACCAGAGCGUGAUACGGAUUAUUUAAUGAAAACAAAUCAACAGCAGAAAAAUAAUGAUAAUGAAUUGGUGACAAUGGAAAGUUGGGUAAAAGUGCCAGGUAGAGGAAAAUCGUGUUGGGAGAGGAAAUAUUUGAAAUUAGAGGGUGCUAAUUUAUUGAUUUAUGAACAUCAACCAAGUCCAGGUAUGGUGCCAAUAAAUCGUUUGGAAUUAACGGAAAAAGAUGGUUUUAUCAUUAAUGAUGCUGUUGAAAUGGCCGAUGUUGUUGGUACGGCAAAAUCUGAUUUACCAUUUAUCAUUCGUGUUGAACCAAAUUCACCGACAACAUGUUGGCCAACGGCGCGACUUGAUAUUAUGGCAUUAAGUCAAUUGGAUAAGAAAAAUUGGCUUAAAGCAUUAAAAUCACUUUCAAAUACACCAAAGAUUGAUAAAUAUCAUACGGUUUUGAGAUUGGAGAAAAAUCAGUUGGAUCUUAAUUGUCUUGUUGAAUUGAGUGAGGAGGGUGUAUUAUUAUUGGGCGCCGAGGAAGGUUUAUAUUCGUAUCAAUCGUCAAAAGCACAAGUAUUGACGGCAAUAAGAGGCGUGAAAAAAGUUCAUCAAUUAACAUUACAUCCAAAAUUGGGAUUAGCAUUAAUGAUUGCCGGUGAGGAUCGACAAUUGGUUGCUUGCGAUUUGAGACAAUUAAAAAGUAAUGCAGUCGCUGCUGAAUGUUCACGUCCUGCAAUUAAUACAAAACCAGUACUUACCGGUUCAGAAAGUUGUCAUCUUUAUCAAGUACAAGGCGAAAUGCUUUGUGCAGCAACAACAUCGCACGUCAUACUUCUUAAGUGGACAGUAAAUGAAGAUUCCGGCGAAUUUAUCGGAAUUCGCGAACUUGAAACGCAAGAGCCUUGUAGUUGUGCCUUAUUUGCAAGAAAUAUACUAAUUGUUGGCUGUAAUAAAUUUUAUCAAAUUGAUAUGACGACUUAUGAAAUCGAUGAUUUUCCGGAAGAGGAUGAUAAUUCAAUUAAAGCUGCUCUCAUGGGUGUUGCGAGACUUGGCAUUUUUCCGGUUUGCGUUCUCGAUGUAUCGAGUAAUCCACAACAUGUUGAAUUGUUACUUUGCUACAAUGAAUUUGGCGUUUUUGUCAAUGAAAAAGGACAAAGAACACGAAAUAUUAAUCCAAAUUGGAGUCAUCUUCCGUUUGCAUUCGCUUAUCGCAAACCGUAUUUGUUCAUUGUACAUUUUUCAUCAGUGGAAAUAAUAAAAAUCGAUUCCGAAUCAUUUAAAUCGUACUCGAAUAAACCGGAAAGAACAUUAAUGGAAUUCAAUAAUCCUCGUUAUUUGGGUUUGGCUGGUACCAAAGGUAUUUACAUAUCUGCUGUUAAUACCGUUCUUGAAUUACUGAAAAUCGAAGGAAAUUCAUUAAUACGAAAUAGUGGCAGUCUCACUAGUAUAGAUACAUUAUGUCAAAAUGAAGAUAGUUCGUCGGAAUUCAGUUUUACAUCGAGUUUAAUGGACGUACUCGAUAAUAACGGUAGGAAAGUACAUUUUUCUAAUGUGUCUAAUAAUUAACGAACAAAAAGUAAAAAGUCAUUUAAUUUCUAUAUAAUUAAAUUAGAAGAAAAAAAAAAAAAUAUUGGAUAAUAUUUAAAUUACAAUAAGUUUUUUAUUGUGUAAAUCUUCGAUAAACUUAUAUUUUAUUUUCAUUGAUUAAUAUCAACGACUAUAGAAAUUUUACUUAUGAAUUAUUUAUAAUUAUGUGUUCAAUUAACAGUAAAAAGAAACAAAAUUUUGAAGCAAACAACACAAAUAAUUUAGAUUUUAAAAAAAAAGAAAAAGAAAAAGAUCUCUGCAAAAAAUUCUAUUUGAUCAGUGUUCAAAAUUUUUCUCUUAUAGGUUUUAUUUAUUAUUUUUUUUACAUCAUCUUGACUCGCAAAAAAAAACAACUGAUCAAUGUAAUUUUUUUUUCUCAUUUAUAGUAUUAUUUAAAAAGCUUGCCAUAUUGAUAUUUUUUUUUUUGUUUUUUGUUAAGUAAACAAGCUUUUAGACAAGUAUUUUUUUUUUUUGUAUAUUAGAUAUAAAACUAUUUCCAGUCGGGAAA